AUUCCGUUGAGACCGGGCUACAUCAAUAAGGUGUAGGAAAAAAAUAAAAAUAAAGUGACGAAGAAAAUUUUCUCAGCUGCUCCAUUCUUUCCUCCUUAUUUAUCGUUGGACUUUCUUCACGCUUGAACUGCAAUUUUUGAGGGGAGAGCUGUAAUUGGGGGAGUAAUUGCAUCGUGCUGAACAUACAGCCAGCCAAAAUUCCAGAAAAGAUAGGAAAAUAUCCAGUACUCUCAACUUUCGGAAAUCAUGGCUAUGCAAAUAUCGGAAGGUGAUGACGACGACCUCUACUACGACGCUGCUUCAGAAGAUGAUUUUGAAGCUGAGGACGAGUCUGACAGCGAUAUUGACGAGGAUGAAACCAUAAACUGGGAUGAAGAAUUUCGUCCACCCGUGCAUAAUUUCCAAGGUCCAGAUGAUCAAAUAAAGGAUGAUUUUCGCCACCACUUUGGAACAUCUCUAGACAUAUUUUUUCCACAGCCUCAAAUUAGCAAGGAUGUUGAAAGAUCGUCUCACGUAUGUUUUGGGGACUGUACAAAAAAGACGGAAAGGAAUUCCAAGAGGUGCAAGGAUGACUCGAAAACUCAGAAAAGGAGAGGUUGAAACCUUUAGUGAUGGAGACGUUUUGAUAGAAAGAUGGCAGGACAGGCGGGAAGUGCUUAUCCUCAACACUUUCAUGCCCCAUGGAAUGACGGAAUGGCCCUCCACCAACCCCAACAACCAACGAAUGAAGCCAGAUACAGUUUUACUCUACAACAAGACCAUGGGUGGGGUGGACAAUGUCGACAAAACGAUAAAACCCAACCAAAGUCUCCGCAAGUCAUACAAGUGGUAUAAAAAGGUCGCAUUUUAUUUGGUCGAGCUCUCGGUAUAUAAUUCAAUGAUUAUGUACAAUACGACCCAAAACGAUCAAGUUGGAUUCCGCCGUCUUAAUUACGAAGCGUUCGUCAAAUCAAUAAUCCACAACAUUCUCACGAAGUUCCCCGUAGCACGGAAGCCAAGAGGAAGACCUUCCCAAAGCCGUGUCUCAGUACCCUUAGCGAAUAUGCAUAUUCCAGAACGAGUUAUGAAAGAAAACGGUUACCCAAGCAAAUCCGAUUGUUUCCACUGCAAAACAAAAUUGGGGAAGAGGACGAUUACGCAGUUCAAGUGCCUUGCUUGCGAGAAACGUUUGUGCAUUGGUAGCAGCGUCUUCAACUGUUUCAAAUUUUAUCAUGACGAAAUGUUGCAGUUAUCGCAGCAAGUAGUGCCACUAGCGGAUCGCAACGAGUCACAGAACACUGGACAAAAUUCACCACGUUACGAUUACAAUAACUUGUUUGAAAUAUAUAAUGCAUCCCAAAAUCAUGAUAGUAAUGUCAUCAAUGAUGAUGAUUUACUGUUCGUUUAGUUAAUUGUUGUACUACUAUGAAAAUCAAAUCCCACUGUCAUGUCAAAAAUUUAUAGUGUGUGCCAUUUGGCUCAGUUAUAUUGUUGAUUUAUAAUUGAAAUUUCAUGUUCAAAAAGUGUAUAAUGUUCUAAUUAUUGUUCGCGAAUCAGUUCUUGGUUCGUAAUAAAUCAAAACUGCAUAAGCAGAAUAUUCAAAA